CAUUUUCAUUUAAGGAAUAGUAUUGGAAGCGUCAAGAACUUAAGCUUCUUCAGACGAGAGAAAAAAUCUGAAAAAUGACUUCGCAAACGCAACUUCGAAUUAUAACCAACCCGAAGCCCAAAGUUAAGAGUAAAAUAAGAAUUAGUCUUCACUGCUACCUCCCACUACUCUUCAUCGCACUUUGGACUGCCACGUGUCAAGCCGAGUACUUCUCAUCAACCGACAGCUUACCAGUGCUGGCAGUCGCAGAGGAAGAUUUAAUACAGUGGUAUAGGAAUUUGCUCGAUUCUCAGGCGGACGAUUUUGCAGUAUAUCGCAAUUUCAUAGAAAAAGUAAAGAAGGAACAUGCAUUGGCGCUAGAGGAUCCCGAGGAAUAUCUGGGAAACCCUUUAAAUGCAUACAAAUUAAUUAAACGAACUGUAGUUGACUGGACUGUAAUAACGGAAAAUAUUGGGUUUAACAAAGGCCUGAAAGCACUUAAGGAAAACCUAAAUGCGUUAACUGCGGAUAUUUCUUUCCCUGACAUAAGUGAUCUACGUGCUGCGGCCAAAGGUUUAGGGCGCCUGCAGAUCAUGUAUAACUUAAGUACAACUGAUUUGGCAGAUGGUAUUAUCAAUGGCGUUAACUAUGGUUCGGAACUCUCUGUAGACGAGUGUUUUGAAAUCGGAAGCAGUCUUUUCGAAGUUAAGGAAUACCCGUUAGCAAAAGAAUGGCUACAGUUAGUAUUGAAGCUGCUGAAUAUUGGUGAAGAUGCGAGUAUUAAGACUUCAUUAAAGGAUUUUGGUAAUGAAGAGAACACAGAGGAUGAACUAAUUGAAGAUGAAAAUAUAAUAAGGGAAGUAGAAAAUGCUAUGUUUUCAAAUAUGCAAAGUAAUGCUGACGAUUACGAAGAUAACAGUGGAAAUGAUGGCGACGAACACUUAGUAUUGUACGAACUAGAUGAAGAAGGUAAUAUAAUUUACGAAAAUGAUAUCGAAAGAAGCAACAACCAUCAAGAAAAACCAUCUGCAUCCGAACAAGAUCCACUAACAGAGAAAAUAUUAAUCGAAACACUGGAAUAUUUAGCACUCGCCAACUAUGAGUUGAGCCAACAAGACGAAAUGCAGAUUUACAUUAACGAAAUAUUAGAUAUAAAUCCGGAACAUGUUUUUAAGAACUUGAGAGUUUAUAUGAAUACUAAAGAACCUCAAAAUCGCCCCGCUUUCGACAGUUUCUUUGAUUUGCAGCGUUUCGAAUGGUUUGCGAACUACUCACGUUUGUGUCAAGGUCAACAAGUGGAACAAAAAGGACUACAUCAACUCAAGUGCAAAUUAGAUACUCUCAAUCAACCACUAUUCAUAUUGGCGCCAUUGCGAAAAGAAGAAUUGCAUGCAGAUCCCGAAAUUGUCGUGUAUCAUGGAGUGCUAACCGAUAAACAUAUUGAUGAUAUACUUGAUCAGUCCGAAGCACAUAUGGUUCGUUCACGUGUUGGCGGUGGAAAUGAACAUUUGGUUCGCGAUGUGCGCGUCAGCCAACAAACUUGGCUAACAUAUCAUAGUCCAACGCUAAAAUACAUCUAUCGUACGGUAUCGGCUAUAACUGGUUUCGAUUUAACGAAUGCUGAAGAUAUGCAGGUGGCAAAUUAUGGCAUCGGGGGGCAGUACGAUCCGCACCACGACUAUUUCGAUAACUUUGAUCCGACUGUUAAAUCUCCAUGGAU